AUCGCAUCCUACAGCGCGAUAACAGAACCUAUAGUGUUUCCAUCACAGCAAGUCGUAUUCAAGCAACGUAACAAUGCCAAAUAAUGGUCGACAACAAGGCUACUCACCAUAUGGACUUACCCCUAUCGAGAUAUCGCAUUUAUGCGACUUUGAUCGUAGAACAGACCAAGCUUUGCUCGACGAGUUAAACGAAAAGUACCAUGGCGUAGCAGGUGUGGCAAAACAUCUCAAAACAGAUAUCAACACUGGUAUACAACUCAAGUCCAAGUUUCAUGGGCUACAUAAACCAUCCGGUAGAACUAAAGAUACUGUUUCGCCAGACGUGUUUGGAUCUCCCGAACUUUUCGUAUUUGACGACUCUGUUAGACGAACAGUGUUUGGAGAAAACAUUAUUCCUCCGCCAAAAUCAGAAACUAUUUUAGAGAUUGUGUGGGGAACUAUUGUUGAAGACCCAAUUUUGAAAAUUCUUAUUGUGGGUGCUGUGGUAGUACUAUCUCUUGGUUCAGCCACAUGCCCUUCAAAUGGAUGGGUAGAAGGUCUAGCCAUUGUUAUCGCCGUUCUCAUUGUUCUCUGUGUCACUGCUGGAAAUGACUGGUCCAAGGACCGCAAGUUCAAGAAACUACUACUUUUACAAACUGAUAAACGAUGUCGCGUCAUACGCGGUGGCAUUCGAAGCGAGAUUUCGUCAUGGGAUAUUUUGGUCGGCGAUGUAAUUGAACUAGUUGUUGGAGAUGAAAUUCCCGCCGACGGUAUUUUUAUUUCUGGAAAUCGUCUAGUCAUUGAUGAGUCGCCAUUAACUGGAGAAUCCAUGCACUGCAAAAAAGAUGCAACUAGUCCAUUCCUGUUUUCUGGCUGUCAUGUGAGCGAAGGCAUCGGACUCAUGCUGGUUCUUUCAAUCGGUGUUCGUUCUAGUGGAGGAAAAAUUCAAUCAUUACUAAACGAAGCCCAAAACGAAGAAACACCACUUCAAUUAAAGCUAAAAAUAGUGGCCAUUUUUAUUGGAAAGAUUGGUGUAGCAGCUGGAAUCGUCACCUUCCUUGGCCUAGCAAUCCGAUGGGCAAUUUUUUUAGCCAACAACACUCCCGUAGCACUUGGAUCCUGCUCAAACAACAGCGGGUUUGAUUCAUCUACAAUUGCACGCAUUCAGUCCAUUGCCGAGGACUUUGUUGUCGCCAUCACGGUUAUUGUCGUUGCUGUUCCUGAAGGUCUUCCAUUGGCAGUGACGCUGGCUUUAUCACUCUCUAUGUUUAAAAUGAUGCGAGACAAGUGCUUUGUACGACACUUGGAUGCAUCGGAAACCAUGGGGCAGGCAACCACAAUUUGCACGGACAAGACGGGAACUUUGACAUACAACCGCAUGAGUGUUGUGCGCAUUCUGGUUGGUGAUCAGAUUUAUAGGGGCGAAGGAUCGGGCGACAAAGGUGCCAUUCCAUUCUCCUCCAAAACACUACAUGCACCGCUCAGAGCAUUGCUCUGUGAGGGCAUAUGUUUAAACUCGACCUGCUUUAUUAAAAAUGACGACAUGCUAGAUGAUGCUACAGUGCAGCCACAGUUUGUUGGGUCGCCAACUGAAGGUGCACUUUUGAUGUUGUCGCGAAAACUUGGUAUCCAAUAUAAACAAAUUAGAGGCCAAGUGCCUUUGGUAGAAGAAGGUGUCUGGUCAUUUAAUGCUGAAAGAAAACGUAUGUCGACGCUGAUUCAUCCUCCCAACUCCAACACAUACAGGCUUUACACAAAAGGUGCCUCGGAAAUUAUUUUGUCGCUCUGUACAAGUAUUUUCGAUACAACACUCUUGACCCCUGUACCCAUGAAAUCCAGCGAUGUGGCUCGCAUUGAAAAAACCAUUAAACAGUGGGCUACCGAAGGACUUCGAACAUUUGCCCUGGCAUACAAGGAUGUAGCUGACUCUAACCUUUUGAAACAGCAAGAUGAUCCUGACACAGACUUGGUAUUUAUUGCAUUGGUGGCAAUUAAAGAUCCCAUUCGAAAGGAAAUCCCACUUGCUGUGGCCAAUUGCCAGAAAGCUGGCUUGGUUGUUCGGAUGGUUACCGGUGAUAAUAUUCUUACGGCCACCAAAAUUGCCAAGGAAUGCAAUAUUUUUUAUGGAAAUGGCAUUGCGCUUGAAGGACCAGUGUUUCGAAACAUGUCCGAGGAGGAGCGUAUUGGUGUACUUCCCAGACUACAGGUAUUGGCUAGAUGCUCACCUAAUGACAAAUUUGAAUUGGUAUCGCUUCUUCGUCGGCAAGGUGAAGUCGUUGCUGUGACUGGAGAUGGAACAAACGAUGCACCAGCACUCAAAGAAGCAGACGUUGGGUUUUCUAUGGGUGUCUCUGGCACGCAGAUUGCACUGAAUGCAUCCGAUAUUGUUCUCCUUGAUGACAACUUUGCAUCCAUAGUACAGGCUAUAAGAUGGGGCAGAAAUGUUCUUGAUACCAUUCGUAAAUUUUUGCAGUUCCAACUUGGCGUGAAUUUGGCAGCCAUUAUUGUAACAUUUGUUGGUGCGAUUACUGUUGGACAAUCACCUCUCAGUACUGUGCAGUUGUUGUGGGUUAAUUUGAUUAUGGACUCAUUUGGUGCCCUUGCUCUGGCUUCAGACGAGCCAGACGAUGACAUUCUCAAUAAGCCACCCCAAAGUAGAAAGCACAGUAUUAUUUCGGUAUCUAUGAUUGAGUAUAUUUUUGUUCAAACAAUAUACCAAGUGGUAUGCCUGUUGGUUCUUCUUUUCAUGAUUGACGCGUGGGCUCCUGCAAGUUCUGUAGUCCAUCCACCAGAGGAUUUGGCUGGAUAUCCAUCCAAACGAGCACGCACCAUUCUUUUUACGACAUUCAUCUGCAUGCAAAUCACCAACCUCAUCUGUGCACGGCAACUCAACAAUGAGCUCAAUAUUUUUGCGGGAUUUUUUCGAAAUCGUAUCUUUCUAGGCAUUCUUGCCAUAAUUUUGAUUAUUCAGAUUGCUGCAGUGACGGUCGGAUAUUCACUGUUUAAUGCCACCCAUUUAGACUUGAACGAGUGGCUCAUAUGUAUCAUCAUAUCGCUCGUGAACCUGCCUAUCGUGUUUAUAGCCCGUCUCGUGUCGAAAAUGUACCAUUCGUUUGAUCAUGGCAACUAUCGCCGUGUUGGACUGGAUGCGCAAACCAAUGAACCAAAAAAGAUCAUUGAUAUGGAUGAGGAUAUACCUCCUAAACAUACGGCAGUUACUAUUACUCCAAAUCGGAUUCAAAAAACAGCCGAAGACUUUGAUUCAAUGACAAGUAAGAGCCAACCUGUACAGGUUGGCUUGGAUUCAGAACAGAAUGUGGUGGCUGAACCCGUGAAGGACAUGACACAUACAAGAGCCAUGUCAAAUGAUAUACAUGAAAACAAUGAAAGUGACUUGGUGCACACGUCGAGUAGGGUUGAAAAAGUACACACCAUUCAAAUUGAUGCGCCGUUGGUUUCCAAGGCUAAAUUUAUGGCAAGUGUAGAGUCGGUUCAUUCUCAGUGGUCUAGAGAGUCGGAAACAAAACAAUGACUUUGAGCAAAAAGCAAAAGCAUAAUCAACCUUGAUUGCCAUCUUGUUUGAUCAAUGAUGAAUAUACACGCUUCUAAAUGUCUAUAACCUAUACCACCUUUUAUUUACAGCCGUAUUCACAUAAAAUGGAACACUAAAUAAAAAUCGAGUGGAUGCUUAAAGUAGCAUUCACAUCACAGUUCCAGU